ACUCUAGUAGUAAAAAGAUUGAAUCUUGUAAUUGAUUGGUAGUUAUGUUAUGUAGUACGAUUGAGGUAUAUGUAUUGUAUAUAAUUGUUUUUUUCCUUUGUGGGUAUUGUUUCUUGAUCAUGGUGGUUAUGAUUUUUAAUGUUUACCUAGGGCAGAAGAUAGCUUUUUUCCCUAAAUAGCUGCUGUUUACUUUUGUGGGGUUUGCUUCUUGAUCAUGAUGCUGAUGAUUUUUACUUGUUUUUGUGAAUAAUUUAUGGGUUUAUUGUGUACAUAGAGUUUUGGUGUUUGGGUUUUAUACUUCUUGUUUGAUAAUCGUGGUGUUUGGGUUAGCUUGUGCGUGCCUCGACUAGACUAAUUCCAUUGGAUACCCCACCAAGGCUAAAACAUGGGAAGAAAGCACCUUGUGUGUUUUUGCUGGGAUUUGAACGUUUCAUUGACCACUAGGCUACACCCUUGGUGGGUGUUGGGUUUUAUACUUUUAUAUUUUGUGCUUUUAUCUUUUUGAUAGGAUGUAUAGAGAUAUCUUCUGUAUGUGAAAUUAUAGGGGUUUGGGUAUUAAGGUAAAGUAGCUUGCUUUCUGUUGUGUUUUUUUGAUGAAUUAUUUCAUGGUUUUGGAAUGCUUUUGUUGGGAAUUUGGUAUGAGUUGUAGUUUGGGUAAUAAGGAAGCUCUUAAAACCCUUUGUUUGACUUUAGCUGACCAAAAUGGCUUUGGAAUCUUUAUAGAUGCAGAUAUUCCAUCCUGUCCAUGUAUAGGCUAAAAGUUCAUCUAAAUACAUGAAACAUAUGUUACAAAAAAGUUAUACCUAUCCAAGUCUUUUAAGAAGUUUUGAGUUUUGUUCGGCGAAGUCAUUAGAAAGGUACUCAAUUAAGGAACCCCUAGGAUUCCCUUUGCUGCCAUCAUGAUCUCAUAUAAAAAGUUCCUUCCUUGUCUUCUAUUCUGAAAGUUUCUGAUUAUUGGAAACCGGGGAGAGGUAUCUGGUUAGCUUAUCAAAAUGACUUAUUUUUGUUAAUGGUUGAAGCUUUCAACCUUAUUUGUGUACUUCUGUUUGAUCGGUUCAAUGGCUAUAUAGUUGGUAGUAGUUCGGAUCAUCCUACUAUAAGAAUGCUUACCAUGUCUCCAUCACCACAGGAAUAAAACAAUGUUACAAAUAGAUGAGCUUGUGCUAUUUGUACGCUAAUUUAAAGCAUUUGAUUUAGUUUCAGGUUUUUGGUUGAAAGAAUUUCUAUUGUACUGUUAAAAUUCAAGUAGAUGGUAAAUGUAAUUUACUAGAAAUAGAACAACUACCCAAGCAAGUUAGGGCUUAGGACCACCAAUGUGAGCAAGCUCACUCCGGGAAUAAAUUUUGCUGAUACUAGAAGUUUGCUCUAUCAUCUAGGAGUGCAAGGUGUAAACUUUGUUAUGGAGAAUGAUAUUGAUUUGUAUCUCGUUUAUGUUGGGGCAUUAAUUAUACAUUAGCGGGGUGAUUUACAUAGGGGUGAUGUGCAUUAUUUUUAUUGAUUGAAGUUGGUGAAUAAUCCUGCUCAACAGAAUUUUGUAAUUUAUGCAGCUCAUACAAGUUCUAAUAGGGAAGCAUCUUGUAAAAUUCUGCAGUUGAAAGCUAUAUCAUCUUGCAGCACUAUAUUCGUUGAACCCUUGGAAAGUUGUCAAAGUGUUAUGCGAUGGAUUUGAAAGGUAUAGCAUGGGUUGGAGAUAUAUACCAGAAAUUUGAAGCGAUGUGUUUGGAGAUGGAAGAUGCCAUGUACCAGGAUACCGCUAGAUAUGUUGAGAAUCAAGUGCAGACUGUUGGUGCAAGUGUCAAGAGGUUCUAUUCAGAUGUGGUGCUAGAUUUGCAUCCUCAAUUUAACAUAGAUCCUGUGAAAGUUGCAGCUGCUGACUUGUCUCUUAAUCCUUAUGCUCACACUGAAAUCAGCAAGAAGCUGAAAGCAAAACUCAAAGGAGGACACCCUAUGGUAAUUAAUAAGGAAUUAAUUGAUGAUACUCAAGUGAUCAAGGGGAAAAGCAAAAGUGGAGGAGUUUAUAGACGUCAAAGUGUUGGGAUCAAAGAGAUUGUUAGAGAUAAUCAUCCACCAUCUAAGAAGUCGGACGCUCUCUGUCUAGUAUCAGGGAAUGCAAUUAAAUUGUCCUCAGAUUCUAAGGUUAGGGGAGGUUUUGAAGUGGCAUCCGACCACAUGACCAUGACUUCACCCUUGGCCUCAGUUAAAGGACGUAGCUCUGCCGAGACAGGAAAAGAGGUUUCCAACCAUAUUAUAAAAACAGAUGUGUCUGCAGCAGGUAUAUCAAUUAAUGUUGCAGCUUCUGACAGGAGCUUAUCAGUUGACUGUGUUGGGCAGAACCAAGCAGAUCUCAGGAACACUUCCUCUGUUGGUGACUUGCAAUCAGACUCUCAUGCAGAUAGGGGUACAUGCAAGGAGUUGGCUGGUGAUACUGGAUUAAAGAUUAGCAGUAAUACUGGUGACAAUAAUAUUGCCAGCGAGGAGAUCAAUAAUAUUGCAAAGAUUAGCAGUAAUACUGGUGACAAUAAUAUUACCGGCGAGGAGAUCAAUGAGUCCUGCAAAGAAAGAUCAGAUAAAUCUUGUUCUCCUCCACCCGAGAAGUAUGACUUGAUUGAGUCCGAUGUGGAAAUUGUUGAGCACUAUGAUGAAUCAAAGUUGGAGGAAACAUGUGUCCUGGUUGAAGCGGAGAAACUUCAUGUACCACAGGAAUCAGUCAAACAGAAAUCAUACAAGAAGAAGCUCAGGCAAGUGUUUUCUAUGAAAAAGAAGUCGACAAGAAAGGAGUAUGAGCAACUUGGAGCAUUACAUGGAGAUCAACAGCCUAACCUAGAGCCUGAAGAAAAGCCGAUGCAGGUUCUCUCCAAAAACUCGAACAUGAAAAAAUUGUCAUCAGCUGAUGAUCAUUCCGAAUCUGAGUGGGAACUUCUCUAGAUAUGACACAUUACAACAACAUACCCAAUGUAAUCCCACCAGCAGAGUCUUGAGCUAGAUAUGAUGCUAUAAAAUUGUAAUGUUGCUUUUGCCAAUCAAUAGAUGGCUUUGUACAGAAAACUAAAAUUGAAAGCAGAAGCACCUGGUGUAUUAUAAUAAGCCAAUUAUUUCUCUUUAAACUGUUUCAUCAAUAUAACCAGUUACUAAUACAUGGUGGCAAGUUAAAGCACCUUUUGUUUA